GAGAACGCGGCACCUAGCACACCGUUGUCGACGAGUGUUUACGGGCGGUAAAUAAUUUCUCCUGGAUGUCCUGGCAUAGUUGAAAAAGUUUGGAAGUGACAUGGAAUACCUAAAAUCAAAAAUCUAGUACAUUCAGUGUGAUAUGUGAAAGCUAGGAAAAUAACGUUUUGUGUAAUAUUUGCAGUGAAAAAUGGGUCAUUUUGAAGUGAAUUAUUACACCAGCAGGAAUCGGCGCACGGAAGGCUCCGCGAAAAAUGUGGGAGAUAAUUCGACACUACGGAUACGCACCAAUUUAUUUCUACUAUUGUUCGGAAUCGCAGCAACUUUUUUCCUAAAACAUACUGAAGCUGGUUUUGCCUGUCUCAGUAACCCAUGCGUCUACGGAGUAUGCAUCGAUGAUAUUAAUAGCACCUACUCCUGCUACUGUAUCGACGGUUACACCGGCAUACACUGCCAAACAAAUUGGGAUGAGUGCUGGUCUAGUCCGUGCCAUAACGGAGGCACCUGUGUUGACGGAAUCGCAUCAUACAACUGCACGUGUCAGGAUGGAUUCAUUGGUUCAAACUGCGAAGAAAACUUCAACGAGUGCAUGUCGAACCCGUGUCAGAAUGGUGGAAGCUGCCACGAUCAGGAUAACGCUUUCAUCUGUAGCUGUGCACCCGGUUAUGUUGGCACAUAUUGCGAGGUGGAUGUGGCAGUAUGCGAAACCGGCGAUCGGUGCCGCAACGGGGGUCAAUGCAUCGAUGGACCGGGUCUGGAAUUCAUCUGCCAAUGCGCGGAAGGAUACGAGGGACGGUUUUGUGAUGCCGAAACGAACGAAUGUGCCUCAUCGCCCUGUCAAAACGGUGGAAUCUGUAUCGAUAAGUUUGCCAGCUACGUGUGUGCGUGUGCGAUGGGAUUCACCGGGACCAACUGCGAGGAAGAGAUCAUGCUUUGCGAGAACUCACCCUGUGCCAAUCAGGCGUUGUGUUUGAUAGAGGGAAAUGAACCAACCUGUUACUGUGUUCCGGACUUUCACGGCGAGCGUUGCGAGUAUCAGUACGACGAGUGUCAACUGGGACCAAAUCCUAGAUGUGCCAACGGAGGAACCUGCGUCGACGGAGUAGACGAAUACUUCUGCACAUGUCCACCUGAUUUAACCGGGGCUAGUUGUGAGUGUCUUGCAAUGGACGAUUCUGAGUUGGAUUGUAAUUAUACAGCCCCUGAGUCAACGACUACAGCUUUUGGAUCUUCCAGCGAAUUUUUCGUAUCAAGUAUAAGUUCUGAUGCUACUGAUGUUGAGGUCGGUUUGGAGGGUGUAACGAUUUUUACCGUACCACAGAACGCAUCAUUUGGUACGGUAUUUCCAUUCAGUACUACGUUCGUACUCACAGAAGAGCCGACAUAUUCAAACGGUACAACUAGUUUUUUAGAAGAAAUCAGUAGACAAAGUACUGAAGCUCCGAUAUCCAAACAUACAACAUCAACAAUAGCAAUGGAUGGAAUCACCACUUCGAGAGAGAUUGAUUCAAGCGUUGUUCCUCUGACUACACCGGGUGGUGAUCUAAGUACUGAACCAACUGUGACAACCGGAGCAGGUCUGGAAAAUACUACUCUCCAAUCAGGAUCGAUUACAAUUAGCGAAGCUCAUAGGACAGUUAGUUCAAUAGGUGAUGGCGGUCUUGUAACCAUUAUUACCGACGAGACUUCAACUUCUCCGACCGUUAUGUCUACCGAACAGACUACAGCAACUGGCGCUACCUCCAAACCUGUUGAAAUCAGUCUUCCAGACCUUAUAACUCAUUCAGCCAUCGAAGGAGUUACGGCGACAAAACCCAUCGGCGAUUCUUCGUCAGCUGAAGAAGUUACAGUAGCCCAAUUUUUCACAGAAUCGCCCGGUGAUGUAUCAACCACAAUUCAGCUAGAAAAUCGAACGAUUAGUGAAAUGUCAACUGUUUCACCACUCAGCGGAACGUCAACUACUUCGACGACUACCGCGUACAGCAAACCUAUGGAAGGCGUCAUCACCGAGUGUGACGAUACGGUUUGCUCCAACGGAGGAACUUGUGCCAUGACUCCUACGGGAAUCAAAUGUCAUUGCGAUUUUCGUUAUAUUGGCAUGUUUUGUGACGUUCCAGUUAGCAUCCAGAAUGCCGCUUUCUCGAAGGAUUCCUUCUUGCGGCACACAAUCUAUCGUCGAAAUGAAAGCGUUCUGCAGGGAGGCACAAUCGAUCAAGCAUUAUCCAUUCGGGUUCAGUUUAAGGCAAAGUUUACUUCCAGAGAUGGUCUUAUAAUGCUUGCAGCAGCCGAGGGAAAUGAUGGAAGCCACUACGUGGCGUUAUUCUUGAACAAAGGCCUAUUACAGUUCCAGUUCUCCUGUGGGCUACAAACUAUGCUACUGAGUGAAAUCGAGGGACCCGUGAACAAUGGAUAUGAGAUUACUAUCAAAGUUCAAUUAAAUUUCAAUGAUCGCCGUACGCAUUGUAAUGCGUCUUUGCACAUAAACGAAACUCUGGCGAUGAGUGGCGAGCAGCCCACAUGGUUGCGAAACCUAGCCGGAUACGGAGAAAAUGUGACCUCGCUACCAAUCCGACACAGCUGGUUGCAUUUAGGAGGACGGCCUAUCAAGACGAUGUACACCUUAAGUCAUAAUAUCUCCCGCUCGCAAGGUUUCACCGGGUGCAUUUAUGAUUUGGAGGUCAACCACAAACCGAUGGCCCUGUUUGACAACGCCGAAGAUGCUUACAGGAUUUACGAAUGCACUUCUCUAGCGUGCCUAUCGAGUCCCUGCAAAAAUGGUGCCAUUUGUGUCGAAGAAAUAAAUCUUAGCCAAGAUCUUAAUCGAUUCAAGCCUGAAAGCCAGGCUACCUGGAGCUGCCGAUGUGCAUUUGGGUAUAUGGGCAAAGUUUGCGAACACUCGAUCUGUGACAAUAACCCAUGCAAGUUCGGUGGAACUUGUGUCACCUUUCCGGAAAGCGGUUAUCUUUGUCUUUGUCCGUACGGUAAACAUGGUCAUUUUUGUGAACAUGAUCUGGACAUACUGCAGCCAUCGUUCUUCGGAAGCAUAAAAGGACUGUCAUCGUACGUAGCAUACCCCGUGUCAUUCUCACUGGAAGAUCGCUUCGAGUUCAGCUUUAAGAUUAUUCCCACGACAACGUCGCAAAUUUCGCUGUUGGCUUUCGUUGGACAAUGGGAUGAUCACACAGAAAGAAGUGAUCACUUUUCCGUUAGUUUUAUUCAAGGAUUUAUUUUGGUUACGUGGAAUUUGGGAAGCGGUCCUCGCCGGAUCUUCACACAACAACCAAUCCAAGUGAAACCAGCACGACCUACCACAAUCAACGUCGGGAGAAAUGGUCGUCUGGCUUGGCUGUCCAUCGAUGGAAAAGUCAACAUUUCCGGAAACUCCCCAGGUGAUAGUAGUAAACUUAACGUUUCACCGUACCUCUAUAUUGGUGGUCACGAACACGUCAAUUUCUCGAGUCUACCGCACGAUCUACCACUACACUCCGGGUUUCAGGGGUGUCUGUUUGAUAUCAAUAUUGUUGCCGGACCGGUACAUAUACCUUUGCAGCAUAUAGGCGGAAUGCGGGGUCGAAGCGUCGGUCAGUGUGGUACCAAAGAAUGUCAUCGACACGCGUGUCAAAACAAUGGCGCCUGCCUUCAACACGGCUCCACAUUUACGUGCAUUUGCCAGGAAGGUUGGAAUGGACUGUUAUGCUCACAGAAGAGUAAUCCCUGCGAUAUGACCAACAAGUGUUCCGUUGGGUCCAGUUGUUUCCCGUUGGUUACAGGCUACGAAUGUGACUGUCCGUUUGGAAAAAUUGGAAAACGUUGCGAGUCGAACUUGAAGUAUCUCAGUGACGUGUCAUUCUCCGGCCGAAGGUCUUUCCUAGCUUUGAAGUGGCCGUCAAUGAGUAGCGAUUUCUCCUAUUUGGAAAAUGAAGUUCGUUAUGAAAAAAUUAUUCAAUCGCCCAGUAUAAUAUCUCAGAACCAUUCUAUAUUACUGAAAUCGAUCAAAGAACUAGACAAAAUCAACGACGUUCUGAAAGUAAGUAAAAACGAAUCUGGAACCGACCUCUACGCUCACACAAUGAUUCCACGCUCGGAAAACUACCGACAGCUUCGCAUUCGCUACCUAUCGAUCGAGCUUCAAGUGCGACCACUCUCCGAAAAGGGUUUACUGCUGUUUUUGCGAACGUACGAUUCCAACGAACGGAAACAAGGUUUCAUGAGUUUGAGCUUGCAAGGAGGGGUCAUCGAAUAUCGUGUGUCGUCGUCACAAAUGCAAACCACGGUGGUUCGCAGCAAUCACGUGCUAGCGGUAGGUGAGUGGCAUAACGUUAAAAUCAUAAAAUUCGGAAAACGAUUGACACUGUGGGUAGAAGGGAAGAGCACUUCGUCGCUGGGUUCGGUUAAAGAAGAAUUCAUAAGUCCCUCUACCAAAGUGUUCCUUGGUGGAUUAGCUGAUUUAUCGCAGCUUCCAUUCGAUGCGAUGUCUGGCUUCCCUGUGCCAUUCAGAGGAUGUAUUCGUAAUGUUAACCUAAACGGAACCCGUAUAACACUGAAUGGUAGCAGUAUUUUGGAAUCGAGAAAUAUCAACGACUGCGAUGGGACGGCUUGCGGAGGUGAUCUCUGUGCACGAGGUGGCUUCUGUUGGCUGGACGAGUACUUACAGCCGCACUGUAAGUGUCCCGAGUACUCGAAAGGUGUUAACUGUGAGAUUCAAGAAUCUUGUGAAGUAAUAAAAUGUCAAAACAGCGGACAAUGCUUGAAGAGCGGUCGCUGCAGUUGUGGCAUCGGAUGGACUGGUUUCUAUUGUGAGAUCGCGACAGCCAAAUACUCAGCACUGGGUUUCAACGAUCGAAGCUACAUUCUGAUCCCAUCUCAGAAGAUUAAAUUGAAAGACAAGCGACAGGGUGAAUCUGGUAGUGUUGUUCCUCGCCUGGACCUACAAAUUUCAUUCAACAUAUCAACGUUAGUAGAUGGAGUUAUUUUUUGGACAACGGACAGAUACUCCAGGUAUUUUGGAAUAGGCAUACGGAAUGGGUUUAUCACCGUUGCUAGUAAUAUGGUUCAUGAAACGACGAAUGUCACAACAAAAUCUAGCCCAUGGAUGGCUUACGUUUCCGAUGGAGAUUGGCAUAACAUACACAUCGAAACCACAAAUGAGAUUAUACAGGUGUUUGUCGAUGAUUAUCCGCUGUUUUCCGAAUUACGACUUUACUCGGAGCGUGAUGUUUCUGAGUUAGAUAAACAUGUCAAUUACGAAGAGGUUACUUACCUUGGUGGCUUUCCCGAAGAAGAUGUUCAAAAUCGAACGUUUGGCAGUUUCAGCAACUCGUUUAGUGGUUGUAUACAAAGCAUCUUUCUGGGAAAUAAUCCAGAAGAGCUGGAUUAUACCUCUUACGAAGGCGCAAACAUUGAUGAAUGUGAAAUUUGAACGUGGAUUCUUAGUUUUCGUUGCUUACUAUUUCACAAACUUUAUUUCCACUCAACCGUAAAAUCUAGUAGCUUAUCCAGAUAAGUCAACACCAAUGCAAUAUUACUUAAUAAAUAUUCAGUUUCAUUACGAAUAGAACAAAGCAUAAGCUAAAAAUUUCGAUCUUGAAAUACGGUCGAUAUAGUUCAUUUCGUUGAUAAGUUAAAUUUAAGAAUCGAUAUGUUCAACAGUCUAAUGUUGAGAAUGUGUCAGGAGAGUUAAAAAUAAUUUGUGAAGUAGCUAGGUUCUGUUAAG